CCGGCGGCCGCCGAGCCUUGCCUCUCUAGAGCGGCGGCGGCCAGGGCAGGGCAGCGCCUGUAACUGGAAACCAGCGCCGGCUCCGUCACCGCGCGGCCGCUCCAUUCACUCCUAAGGUUUGGAAUUAAAAUGUUCUGGUAGCGGGAGUGGAGUCUAUAAACUGAUAGAAACCAGAUAAUAAUCGGUAUUGCCGGUGCCUCUAAUAGCCGGGUUUUGUUUCUUGGAUAUUAAGUUACAAAACUGAAGAGAUGGCCUUUCUUGCGGUGCACGUGUUGAUUGGGAUAUUUAUUUACUUUAGCAGUGUAAAAGGAUCUUCCCAGCCUCAAGCAAGGGUGUUCCUAACGUUCAAUGAGCUGCAAGAAACUAAGACCUCUGAAUAUCACAGAAUAUCCCACAGUCCCCUGGAUUACCGGAUAUUAUUAAUGGAUGAAGAUCAGGAUCGGAUCUAUGUGGGCAGUAAAGAUCAUAUUCUGUCUUUGAAUAUUAACAAUAUAAGCCAGGACCCUCUCAGUAUUUCCUGGCCAGCAUCAGCAAACAAGGUUGAAGAGUGCAAAAUGGCUGGCAAAGAUCCUACGCAUGGCUGUGGAAAUUUUGUGCGUGUGAUCCAGUCGUACAACCGCACGCACCUGUACGUCUGCGGCAGCGGCGCCUUCAGCCCCGUGUGCGUGUAUGUCAACAGGGGACGCAGGUCUGAGGAACAGAUCUUCAAGAUCGACUCCAAGUGUGAAUCAGGAAAAGGACGCUGUUCUUUCAACCCCAACGUGAACACGGUGUCUGUUAUGAUCAAUGAAGAGCUUUUUUCAGGAAUGUAUAUUGAUUUCAUGGGGACGGAUGCAGCCAUUUUUCGGAGUCUGACCAGGAGGAAUGCAGUGAGAACUGACCAGCACAACUCCAAGUGGCUGAGUGAGCCUAUUUUUGUGGAUGCUCAUGUUAUCCCAGAUGGCACUGACCCCAAUGAUGCCAAAAUCUACUUCUUCUUCAAAGAGAGACUCACAGACAACAGCGGCAGCACAAAGCAGAUUCAUUCAAUGAUUGCAAGAAUAUGCCCAAAUGACACAGGUGGUCAGCGCAGUCUGGUGAACAAGUGGACUACAUUCUUGAAAGCAAGACUUGUGUGCUCAGUAAUGGAUGAAGAUGGAACAGAAACAUACUUUGAUGAAUUAGAGGAUGUGUUUCUUUUAGAGACUGAUAACCCCAGAACAACACUUGUGUAUGGAAUUUUUACAACAUCAAGCUCCAUAUUUAAAGGCUCAGCCGUGUGUGUGUAUCAUCUGUCUGACAUCCAGACUGUGUUCAAUGGGCCAUUUGCACACAAGGAGGGCCCAAACCACCAGCUGAUUCCAUAUCAGGGCAGAAUUCCGUACCCGCGACCUGGCACCUGUCCAGGAGGAGCCUUCACACCUAAUAUGCGGACGACCAAAGAGUUUCCAGACGAUGUUGUGACCUUCAUUAGGAAUCACCCUUUGAUGUUUAAUCCCAUUUACCCAAUACACAAGAGGCCAUUAAUCAUCCGGAUAGGAGCUGACUACAAGUAUACAAAGAUCGCUGUGGAUCGAGUGAAUGCUGCUGAUGGGAGAUAUCACGUCUUGUUUCUUGGAACAGAUCAAGGAACCGUACAGAAAGUUGUUGUCCUACCCACGAACUUCUCUGCAAAUGGAGAACUCAUUUUAGAAGAGUUGGAAGUUUUUCAGAGUAAUUCUCCUAUAACAACAAUGAAGAUUUCAUCUAAAAAGCAACAGUUGUACGUGAGCUCGGAUGAAGGGGUCACCCAGGUGUCCCUGCAUCGCUGCCACAUCUACGGGACCGCCUGUGCUGACUGCUGCCUGGCCCGAGAUCCCUACUGUGCCUGGGAUGGCAACUCCUGCUCCAGGUUUUAUCCCACAGGAAAAAGGAGGAGUCGCAGGCAAGAUGUGAGACAUGGAAACCCUCUGACUCAGUGCCGAGGUUUCAACCUGAAAGCAUACAGAAAUGCUGCAGAAAUAGUUCAGUAUGGAGUGAAAAACAACACCACCUUUCUGGAAUGCACACCUAAAUCUCCUCAGGCUUCUAUUAAGUGGCUGCUACAGAAAGACAAUGACAGGAGGAAAGAGGUCAAGCUGAAUGAGAGGAUCAUAGCUACUGAGCAAGGACUCCUCAUCCGCUCUGUGCAGGACAGCGACCGGGGGCUUUACCACUGCAUCGCCACGGAGAACAGCUUCAAGCAGACCUUGGCAAAGAUCAACUUCAAGGUGUUGGAUUCAGAGAUGGUGGCCGUCAUGACUGACAAGUGGUCCCCUUGGACCUGGGCCAGCUCAGUCCGAGCGCUGCAGUUCCACCCAAAGGACUUUGUGGGAGCUUUCAGCCACUCGGAGAUGCAGAUGAUUAACCAGUACUGCAAAGACAGCAGACAGCCAGGUCAGCAGAGGGAAGAAUCCCAGAAGAUGAGAGGGGACUACAGCAAACUGAAGGCCCUCAUCAAUAGCAGGAAAAGUAGAAAUAGAAGGAAUCAAUUACCUGGAUCUUAAUUUUAUUUUGUAGUAAUAGGUGUCUUUGUCCUCACUGUAGGGGGUUUAUAUUUGUCUGUUGAGAACAAAUUUGAGCAAAUACGAUAAAAAAAUUAAAUGAAAAGCCAACAAGCCUUGGAAAAGAUCUCUCUCCCAAUAAAAUGCAGUGUAACUUAUCUAAAGAAAAUAACUUAGAGCAUUUUCUUUCCUAGAUGCUUCUUGACACUAGGCUGGGCUCUGGGUAUUCAUCUUAAACCAGAUUCACCUGUAACAUCUCAGUAUUCAAUUACAGCUGAGUAGAAAUUUUUACACAAUUAACUUGCACCUCUGGAACUGUACCAACUAGACCAACUAGUGGUGAAAGAAUCUGGGUUAAGAUGUAUGCUCAGAGUAGGAUGGUACUAGGAUUUCCUUGCACUGCAUUUAAGAACAUGAGUUUCUUCUUGUUUACUGCUCAAUAUUGGGUUUACAGCUUUCACUCAUUGUCCAAAUCAUGUGAAUGCAUGCUGAUAAGAAGCAAGUAAAGUGUAGUAGAAAUGUUUCAUUCAUUCAGAGGUCAAAUGAAGGAACAAAUAGAAGAAAAACAGAGAAUUUAUACUUUAUCAAAAGAAGCACUGAUUAUUGUGCAUAGUACGAGUUGUAAUAAAUUAAUGAGUUCUGGAAUGUAACUUAAAAUAUCUCUGCUCAUAUUGAUUUUUAUUAAAAUAAGGUGUCCUAUAACACUACAUAGCUUUAUAAGCAGCACAAAGGUAACAAGAGAAUGUUCAUUAUACACAGAAUUUUGAAAAACACCUAAGUGACUUGGGUAUUUUAGCUAUUUUUCAAACAGAUUACACUCCAAUUUUUUGCAAAGGACAGAAUGUAGGUAUACUGUCUAGUGUUUACUCAGAAAUGAAAAUCAUAGAUUAUUUUUAUUCUGUUCCAUGAUUAAAUUGGAGCUGGUUCUGCAAUGUGGAAACAAGUCAUAAGUAUCUUUGAAAAUUUUAAAACAUUAUUUUUUCAACUGUUUUCUCAAAGUUGCAAAUAUUUUAAGUAGAAUUUUUUAAUUAAACCAUUCCCAUUUUCCAGUCUUUGUACCCUU